AGCGCGCACAGAUUUGUCCUAAUACUCCGCCUAGCUCUAGAGCCCACAUCGCUUAUCUGCAUUUUCUCAAAACUCAAAUUGUGAAUUUCUGCCCUAAUAUCUAUCUUGCCUUUGAGAUUAAUCCAAGGUUUAAUAUAACCAUCAAAGACUGAAAAUGAGGCGGAAUCAACUAUGAAGAGUAUAACCAGAUAUGCGUUCGUCCUGCCGGGUGCUAUAAGAAAGGGACAAGGACAAGGGCUUAGAUCUUUGGUUGAGAAAGAGAAUAUGCCAACUAAGAAUUUAUUUCCUCAAUCUAGUGAUCUUGUUAAGCAAUACAUCCAAACAAUUGAAAUAAGUGCUAUUGGGAGGGGACGAGGACAAGGGCUUAAAUGCUCUACCAUGUCUUCUAGUCAAGGAACGAGAAUGAUGCAUAAAAAAUCCAUUGUUCUUGAGAAAGAGUAUAUGCAAACUGAUAUUCCAUUGCCUCCAUCUACUGAUCAAGUUAAGCAAUACACCCAAAAAGUUGAAGCAAGUUCUAUAGGGAAGGGACAGGAGCAAACUCCUAGAUCUUUGUGCUCAUCUUUGGAGAUUUCUAAAAGCACAAGAUCGAAUUUUAGCAUGUCUUGUAACCAAGAAAUGCAAAAAAUGAAUAAAAACUCCUUGGUUCUUGAGAAAGAGUAUAUGCAAACCAAUAUUUCAUUACCUCGAUCUACUGAUCAACUUAUGCAACACUCCCAAGCAACUGAAACAGGCAUGAUAGUUUGAAUCCAUAUGUUAUUAAUUUGUAGAACUUAAUUUUAUUGCUAUAGCUUUUACCAAAUUAUGCAGUCGUAGGUUCUUCAUAUAAUUAUGGAAAGGUAAAAAAAUUUCGAGGGAGGAACAAGUGCAAAGAAGUUGCAUCACUUGAAGUCAGACAAAAGCUGAAAGUAACCUUUUACAAUAAUCGAACAGUUGGAACAAAUAGCAAACUGUUUUCGAGGCACUUGGGAAGAAUCGUUCGUGACCGUAAUAUAUGUCCGUUGGGAGUAUCACCGUGGAGUGAUAUUAAGGAAGAAAAGCUGAAUCACAUGUGGGCAGCUAUUGAGGUAACAAUUGAUGCCAAGAAUAUGACUGUGCAAUUUGAGUCAUUUUAAGUCUAAGCAGCUAGAAAACAAUUUUGACAUGGCUGAUAAAUCUGGAAAAUUUAUCUACAUGAAUGAGAAAAUUUAUCUAUUUGAAAGAGCCUUGCUUUCUUUUCUUUUG